GCCAUCCAUCCACCCAAUAUCGAGCCCCCCCACUCUCACCCAUCAUUCAAUUCCAUCUUAAUUCUGAUUGCAGAAUUUCCGGCCACCAACGAUGAACAAUCUAUUCAGGCUUCAGCUCCACUGCUGCAACCACUCAUAUCUCAAAAUUAAUCCAUUACCAUCAAUCCCAAUAAAAUCCCCAAUUCCCUGUGCUGCUGCCGCGAAAUCCACCAGACGCCUCAAAUCCGAUGCGAUUUCAGCCGGAGAAUCAUCGCCGUCGCCGGUAAAUUGGUCGAGACGAAUGGUAAUGUUUGGGGCUGCGUCGUUGGUGUUCUUAAUCGGCGUCGACGACGACCACAGUAGUAAGGCAUUGGCUUUGGGCCCCGAAGGUCCUCUAAUGGAGGAAUUCUGGGACAACAUGAGGAGAUACGCACUCUAUGUGUUAACAGUCAGCACCGGCGCUCUCUACACUCUUCUUCAGCCCAUUGUCGAGCUCCUCAAAAACCCCAUCACUGCUCUUCUCAUCCUCGCCAUUUUCGGCGGGGGUUUCUACCUCGUCUCCCAAGUGGUAACUGCCAUGGUCGGCUUGUCCGAUUUUUCUUACGACUAUAAUUAGUAGAACUGUAGAAGAGAGAUAUAUGUCUGUGUCUGUCCUUGUUGUUUAAUUGGAUUGAAUUAAGCAGUUAUUACAGAACUUAAUUAUUAUUCACGACGAA